ACAGUGCAUAUGUUUGUGUUCCAUUUGAAUCUCUCUUUUUUUCUCAUUUCAAAUGAUUGACAAAAUGUGAAUAAAAUAUUGUUCAAUCGAUGAAUGAUCUGAAUUUCAAGUCAGAAAAGAAAACGAAACUUUCUCUCUCUCUCUCUCUCUCUGUGUGUGUGUUUGAUUAAUUAAAUUAUAAUAACAAUAAUAAUUCCCGAAUGGAAGUUCUCAUUUUCAAUGUUUUCAAUGCUGUUUAUCAAGAAAAUUUGCCAUUGCUCAAGGAUUUGAUUCGUCCAUUAACGAAAGCCCAAAUCAAAACGAUUACAUCGAGCAAAUUGGAAGGUACAACAUUGUUAUUAAUAGCUGCACGACAUGGCCAUUAUCAAAUGAUCAAAUAUUUGAUUGAAAAUUGUUAUGUUGACAUUGAACAGGUUGGAAAAGUUGAAUUCGAUGGCGAAACUGUACAUGAUACGCCCCCAUUAUGGUGUGCUGCAGCCGCUGGCAAUAUUGAUUGUGUCAAAUUAUUGAUUGAAAAUGGCGCAAAUGUCAAUUGUACGACACAUACAAAUUCCACGCCGUUAAGAGCUGCAUGUUUUGAUGGCCAUUUUGUAAUUGUCAAGUAUUUGGUAGAGAAUGGUGCCGAUAUCGAAAUAGCAAAUAAACUUGGCCAUACUUGUUUGAUGAUAUCUUGUUUUAAACGCCAUUAUAAUAUAGCCUCAUAUUUGAUUGAACAAGGCUGUCAGAUCAAUAGACAAAGUGUUAAAGGCAACACAGCAUUACAUGAUUGUGCUGAAUCAAAUAGUAUGGACAUAAUGAAAUUAUUGAUAAAAAAUGGUGCCAUUCCUAAACGUGAUUGUUUUGGACUAACACCAUUAAUGACAGCAUGUAUUAAUGGUAAUACGGAAAUUUUCAAUUAUCUUAAAUCAGUUUUCAAUUGUACAAUUGAAGAAGAAACCGAUGCUUAUCGAUUAUUGGGUGCUACAUUUGUGGAUAAAUUAUAUAAUAUGAAUGAAGCUCUUAAAUAUUGGAAACAAGCAGCAAUAUUGACUAGAAAAUGUAGUAAAAAAUAUUUAGAUAGCCUGAUCAAUACAGAUGAAUCAUAUAAGAAAGCAUAUAAUAAUUCAAUGGAAUUUCGAACUAAAGAAGAUCUUGAAAUUAUUAUAUAUGAUCCAGAGCUAAUGAAAUAUCAAGCAAUGAUGAUUCGUGAACGUGUAUUGAGUAUUCAUCAUCCAGAUACUUAUUAUUUUAUUCGUAUUCAUGGUGAAUCAUUUGCUGAAUCGGGAAAAUAUUUACGAUGUAUGUCAAUGUGGAUGUAUAAUCUUGAACAGCAACAGAAUAAUUCAAAACCUUUAAAUGAUAUUACACAAAAUAGUUUUCUAUCGUUGAUUGAAUUAUUCACAUUGAUUUGUCAUAAAAAAGAAUCUGAUUUAAAUGCAUGUGAUAUAUACAAAGUUUUAGAGAUGGCCAUCUCACAAGUAUUGAUUUCGUGCAAUAUAACAACGAAUAAUGUUGGCGGUGGUCGUAAUAGCCGUAUUCAACGUAUCAUUGAUAAUAAAGCAUUAGUUAAAGAUGAACGUUUCAUGUUCGAUGGAUUCCUUAAUCCAUUAGAUCGUCAGUUCCUUAUUGUUAUACAUUUGAUUGAUUUUAUGUGCCAAUUGAAACGGAAAAUGUGUCCAGAAAUUUGGCUUUCGUUCCAGAAGCUAAUGUGUCGUUUUUUAUCUUGUGAUCCAAGAUCAACAAAUUCACAAUCAUUAUUACAUAUUAUUUGUAUAUUAUCAUCAGAAAAUGAAACAUUAUCAACAAAUGAAAUUUCAUUUUUCAAUAUAUUCAAAUUUAUUGUUGAUCUAAGUACAAAUCUGAACGUUGUUGAUAUACGUGGCAAUACAGCAUUACAUUUUCUAUUGGAUAGUGAUCAAGUGAAUCCAGAAAUGGUUGAAUAUCUAGUGGAUGCUGGUGCACAUAUUGAUCUACGUAAUGAUAAAGGAUUAACACCAUUGGAUCUAUUGGAUGAUAAACCAUUAAGAUUGAAAAAUCGUUGUAAAAUUCAAUAUGUUACAUUACAAUGUUUAUGUGCUCAAACAAUUAUCAAAAAUAAUGUUGUUAUAAUCAAUGAAACAAUACCAAAAGAUUUACGAAAUUUUAUUAAUGAUCAUCAACCAAAAGAUUUUUUCAAUGCCAUAUUUUCAGCUUUUACUACUAAUACAACAACUAGUACUACUAGUGAAUCAUCAUCAAGAAAUGAUUAAUUCAAUUCAUUAUAAUAAUAAAAUUAAAGUUAAUCAUCAAAUUUAGUCAUCAUCAUCAUCAUCAUCAUCAUCAUUUCAUCAUUUGAAUGGUCUUCGAAUUUUAUCUUUACUUUUUCACUAGAUUUCAUCAUCAUCAUCAUCAUAUUCAUUAUUUGGAUCCUAAUUUUUUUUUCUAUACGUUCCAUCCGUUUUGAAAAAAAACAAUGAAAACAAAACUGUCUCGCACAUAAUUUACACAUAAUGGAAAAUUAACCUAAUUCUUCUAAUCAUAAUAAUGAAUUCUUUUAUUUUGUUU